UAGACGAGAUGCGUAUCUGAAACUACCGCUUCGCUUUCCCGCUUCCAUUCACAGGAGCCCCGGCGGUGACCGGAACCCAGCCCCCACCCUUCCAGCUUCGAACGAGCCCCUCUGCGGCUGCGCUACCGUCACCUCCCGCCCGCAUGAGGGCCCAGUGACCACCAUGGGAUGCAUCUUCGGCAAGUUCACCUCUGGAGUCGGCCUCUUCCCCGUCGUUGCUCCCCACAUCACCGCCGCCUCCACGUCCAGGCCCCCCGCGGCCUCGGCCUCGGCCGCUGGACACCGGCACCCCAUCCGCGCCCCUCCUCCUCUGGAGCCUGAGCCCCCCCGCCGCCCUUUCUUCAUCCCGAACUCAGCUGCCGACCCCCCCGCGUGGCCGACCUGGCUCUCUGACGCCGCAGGCGAUGUCCUCGCCGGCUUCUCGCCCCGUCGCGCCAAUUCGUUCGCGAUGCUCGAGAAGAUUGGGUCGGGGACGUACAGCAAUGUGUACAAGGCGAGGGACCCGGUUGGGGGGCGGUUGGUGGCGAUGAAGAAGGUGCGGGUGGAGGACGUGAAGGCGGUGGACAGCGUGCUGUUCAUGGUGCGGGAGAUCGCCCUGUUCCGCCGUCUCGACCACCCCAACAUCAUCCGCCUCGAGGACCUGGCGGUGUCCCGUAUCCCCACCACCCCCUCUCUCUACCUGGUCUUCGACUACAUGGAGCACGACCUCGCCGGCCUCACUGCGCUCCCUGGCGUCCGGUUCACUGUGCCCCAGGUGAAAUGCUAUAUGAAGCAAUUACUCUCUGGUCUUGAGCAUUGUCAUAGCCAGGGUGUCUUACACCGUGAUAUAAAGUGUUCAAAUUUGCUACUUAACAAAGAAGGAAUCCUUAAGAUAGCUGAUUUCGGGCUGGCUACUUUUUUUGAUCCGAACAACACAAAGCCCAUGACAAGUAAGGUUGUGACCCUGUGGUACCGUCCUCCGGAGCUCUUACUCGGUGCAACUCGGUACGGCGUUGGUGUUGACCUAUGGAGUGCUGGUUGCAUUUUGGCAGAGCUUCUCACUGGGAAGCCAAUACUUCCUGGACAGACUGAGGUGGAGCAGUUGCAUCGAAUCUUUAAGUUAUGCGGAUCUCCAUCAGAAGAAUACUUUGAGAAACUAAAAUUACAGAAGACGACUUCGUUUGGAUCAUACAAGUGUUCUAUAUCAGAAACAUUUUCAGAUCUUCCACCUUCCUCGGUGUCUCUCAUUGAGAAACUUCUUGCGCUUGACCCACUUGAAAGGGGGUCAGCUACUUCUGCCCUGAACAGUGAGUUCUUCAACAUAGAGCCCUAUGCAUGCGAUCCAUCUGAGUUACCGCAGUACCCUCCAACCAAAGAAAUUGACAGAAAAUUGAGGGAAAACAGAGAUAGAAGGAAACAAAGAACUAAUGCAAAAGAAAACGGUGAAGCCACUAAUAGAAUCCGAUUGCGUAAUCGAAGUUACAGAGGACCAGCAGCUCCAUCAACCAGUAGCAAAGUGCAAGCAGAACUUGAUCGACGGAGAUUGAUGACUAGUGCUAGCGUUGCAAGAGCCGAGAGGUUCCCACCACCACAUCUUGAUGCAGCAAUUGGAUUCUCACUUGAUUCAUCCCAUGCUGAUAGAGAAUUUACCACAGUGGAUGACUUAUUCAUGUCAUCAAAUGCUGUGCCACAGAGAGCAGCAGAUGUAACAAGGGAAGAUGGAGGUAGAAGAGACCAUAACACGGUUCAUGCUGGUGUUAUCGGUGCAAUCAGGCCAUACCUGAUGGGGAAUCUGACAGAUCUCGGAAGGAACAGUAGAGCACACCAGAGCAGAAGGGAAUCAGCUGUUGCUGCUGUGGCGAACUGAUGUGGUUGUGUAGCUGAGAAGUCCAUCUCAUCUUGCCGGGCAGAGUCUGCAGUUCUCGUUCUAUUGUCAACUUUAACAAAAUGAGGUAGCCCUUCAUGGUUUUCCACUCGAUGUCUAGCAACAUAUUAACUUCUAGAAAUUGUACUGACAGAGCUAAGGACAUGUACAGCCUUCUGUAUUUGUUUUUGUUAACUUUCUUCUUUUUUUUUCAGAAAAAUAGAAACUUUGUUGCUCCUAAAGAUAAAUGUUUUCUCAUUGUAUUCAUGGAUCGCAUUUGCAAUAAA